UUUACUACAAACCAAUCACAAGCCAGAAGGCUGGAAUUGGCGGAAUACGGGUGGGGAGAGGAGCGGUGACAACAACGGUGGGUCUGAUCCCCCUAAAAUCACCUUGUGUCCAGUUGCAGGAUCCAGAGAAUGUAAAAUCGCCGGAUUUAAGGAGAACGAUGAAGACCGAAGAAGAGGAGGUGAAAGUGGUCAUGACGCAGGAGGAGCUGCAGGAAUGGGUGCGGGAGCAGGUGGCGAAGAAUAGGCCACUGGCUCACAGGCGGACGCAAAUGGCACAGGUGGAAGACUGGCUGAAGCGGAGAGAGAGGGACAUGGCAUACACGCAGCUGCUAUACAAUAGUGCCUGCCAAUCAGUCCUUGAGUGCGAGUCUGUGAUGAAGGGCUUAUAUGGAAUGCUGGGACUAGAGUAUCGGGACACCGACUCAGAGGAAGAAGGAGAAGGACCCAGAGCUACGGAAGAUGUAAAUCAGCUGACAGAUGAUUUAGACAAUGGAGAUGACGAUUGCGGUGCUGAUGAUGAUGAUUAUGUCGUCUUUGAUUUGGGGGCCAUUCUUCCUGAAGCAGCGUUGAAAGACGAACCGAAGGACAUUGGAUUGUCACCAGAGUUGAAUUGCUCCAUGAGAACGUUAGAUCAUUCAGUGAAAGAAUCUGAGGAUGGAGACCCUGCUUUCGAAGUCAAACCACCAUCGCAAACAACCCCCAAGGAAAAUGUACCUUCUAACAACCCUGUAUCAACCUUACAGACUGCAGAAAGCCCCGCACCAACUCCUGAUCCACCACCCUGUGAUUUUCCUGAAAACAAAAGUUUUCCUCCAGCCUCUCCAGGCACUUCAACGGCCAUUAAUGAUCCCGCCGAAACCUCUUCACUGACCACCAUUUCAAAUGCAUUUUCCCCAUCCAAAGGUAAUACAAACAUAUCAUCUGCAUCAUCUGCAUCAUCAUCAUCAGCUUCAAAAGAGAACACUGAAACUCCAGCGCAACCUCCGGCACCCUCCCCAACGUCCACAAUCCCAGAGAAUCCUCCGACUGCACCGAAGUCUUCAAAAAGGGUCUCCCAGGCCAACCCAAAACCUGGCACUAGUAGCAAAAACACGAAAGCAACACCGACCUCGGACACAUCUCGUACGACCACAAGCAAGGAAAAGCCCAAACAGGCCAGUCCCAAACCCAACAGCAUGCCUUCAAGCACCACCACACCAUCCACCGCCAAAGUUCAAGCUGCACCUGAAGAAAAAGCUAAGGGUCCCAUCCCUAAACAAAGCGAAAAACCUGAGACUAAAUCUACUUCUUCCAGCACUCACCCUGGUACCACGACUUCAGACAGGGCUUCCAAACAAGUUAUUCCUACCAAGCCACCAGAUUCUAAAGAAGUAUCCCACAAUGCUCCGGUCACUCUAAUUACUCCGGCCGCACACACUGAGGUGCCUGCUCGUGUUCAGAAAGAGGUGGAGCUGAGGGUCAACAUGAGCGUUCUGGGAAGAAGGAGGACUAAAACAUGGCACCAAGGCACCAUUUUGGAUGUCAAAACAACCGAGUCCGGUCAAAGGUACAAGAUCCUGUUUGACGGAGGUAAAGGGAAGAGUGUUUUAUCUGCUCAUCACUUGGCCUGUGUCGAGCCGCCUUUGCUGAAGGACCUGUUUGUGGGGUGUCGAGUUGUAGCCUGUUAUAAAGAAGACAACCAGUCUUGGCUCCACGCUGCAGUAGUAGCAGAGAUGCCUGACCGCAGGAACCGUAUGAGGUUCUUGGUGUUCUUCGAUGAUGGCCGUCCGUCCUACAUCUCCCUGCCAGACCUCCAUCUGGUUUGUAAGCCAAUGGCCAACAUGUGUGACGACAUUGAAGAUGAGGUGUGGCGUGCAGAUGUCCAGGAAUACCUAAAGGCUUAUCCAAACCCCAUCUUUGUGGUGAUGCGUGCGGGGCAGGAUACCAACGUGGAACGUGACGGACAUCUCGAGACCUGCAGCGUCAUUCAGUUGGACGGGAGCUUGAUCCAGGUCUGCUACAAGAAAAGUAAGGACAAAGAAUGGAUCUAUAAGGGCUCUAAUCGAUUGGAGCAAGUCCAAAGGAUCAAAAUGCGAAAGGCUGAGGAGAGGAAGGAACAGACUGGAAAUAAAGCUGGAUUUAGUCACAUUCAAAAGAUCACUAAACAACCCACCUACACCACCUUAAGUACCACCACUGCUGCCCAUGCUACCUUCUCUACAAGAGUAACCGCAAAACACGAAUCCUCAAAAACUGUUAGUGCUCCAAGUGUUCCCCAGGCGCUCACCCCAGUCACAACAACCUCAAGUACGGCAAAGACAUUCUGCGAUAAACUAUCACCUCGCAUCAUCCUCAGCAGGAUUACCUUGCCAUCGGCUCCGACCAGUAAGAAACCCAGCGCACAAACCGAGCUCACGGUCACCGUUUCAUCUAACAAAGGAAUUAAACGCCAUGCUUCUGAGGUGGACGACACCAGAUCGCCGAGCGCUCUCGUUCCGGCUGUUGAGCCCCGGCUGAAGUACGUACCUCAUCGCUGCUGCCCGGCUUGUCUGAACUCUGUGCGUCCGAUGCAAAGGGAUCAACACCGCGGCCAGAAUCCACUGUUUAUCCCGCUGCUGCACGGCUUUCGCCGCAUGACCGCAAGAAGGCGUGUAGACGGAAAGAUGUCUUUUCACGUCUUCUAUCGUGCCCCAUGUGGGCGGGGCCUGUGCGAGAUGGAAGAGGUGCAGGCCUUCCUGUUCGAGUCGCGCUGUGAUUUCCUCUUCCUGGACAUGUUCUGCCUGGACCCGUUUGUGCUGGUGAAAAGGGCCAUGCUUCCAUCCUACAUGGCCAGCCGUCCUCGUCUUUGCCUGCCGGACAUUUCAGGAGGGAAGGAGGCAGUACCUGUGUCUUGUGUUAACGAGCUUAACGAUGUCCCUCCACCCCCUCUGGCAUACACCAGUCACAGGAUACCUGCACCUGGUGUCUUUAUCAACACCAACCUUGACUUUAUGGUGGGCUGCGACUGUACCGAUGGCUGCCGAGACAGGUCAAAGUGCGCCUGUUACCAGAUGACCAUCGAGGCCACGUCACUGUUCAGCGGUGGUCCUGUGGACGUCACUGCCGGGUACACGCAUAAGCGACUGCCCAGAUACGUCCCCACUGGGGUGUACGAAUGUAACCCCUUGUGCCGCUGCGAUCCAUGCCUGUGCAGUAACAGACUGGUUCAGCACGGCCUUCAGCUGCGUCUGGAGGUCUUCAUGACUCAGCACAAAGGGUGGGGCCUGCGCUGCCUGGACGACGUCUCCAAGGGGACCUUCGUGUGCGUCUUCACAGGUAAAGUAGUCAAGGACGAUAUGGUGAACACAGAAAGUGCCAUGACCGGCAACGAGUAUUUAGCAAACCUGGACUACAUCGAAGGAGUGGAGAAACUGAAGGAGGAUUACGAAAGCGAAGCGUAUUGCUCUGAAACGGAGGGAGAGAUCGACAAGAAGACUCUCAUCAGGAUGACAACAGGGGCGUUAAAGAAACAUGACGUGUUCCAGUUGGAUUCGAGUUCCAGCAGUGGUGAAGAAAAGGAAGAGGCAACCCAACAGAAAACGACUCCCGAUAAAAUGGAGAUAAAGACGACUCGUGACUAUUCUGAUAAUGACGAUGACGUGGAUGAUGAAGAUUUUAAGAUAAGCUCAGGUGACGAGAUGGAAGUGAAGUUGAGCAGUGACUAUACAAGGAGCUACACUACACGGAGGAACGCUAAGACUCCAGGCAAAGGAGAAUGUUAUAACACCCAGACAUCUUCUGAGGAGCAAACAGAGGUGUCUGUCUUCUUGGCCAAGAAGAUGAGAAAGGAAGGUCCAGGAGAGCGUAAACUGGGAUUUGCCAAGAAGUCUACGCGUCCUUUCGCCAUUAAGUCGAGUCACAGGCGAGUGACGCCACAAGCAGAGCCUGAGAAAUGCAUGCAGGAAAAGCAAAUGGAGCACGAGCACGGCAGAAAGUGCACUCGGAGCCUGUUCGAUGGAGAAAAGGCUUGCUAUCUCAUCGACGCCAAGCAGGAGGCCAACCUGGCACGAUACAUUAAUCAUAGCUGUAGUCCCAACUUGUUUGUCCAAAAUGUUUUUGUGGACACGCAUGAUCUCCGCUUCCCCUGGGUUGCCUUCUUCACCAGCAAGCGUAUCAGGGCUGGAACAGAGCUGACGUGGGACUACAGUUAUGAAGUGGGCAGUGUUGAGGGCAAGCUUCUGCUCUGCUGCUGCGGUUCGGCUAACUGUACUGGACGGCUACUAUGAACGGCUCCGUUACACAACCAAUAAAUCUUACAGUGAGACUGUUUUCUGUUGUUGCUCUGGUUUCAAAUGUUCAACCUGGAUGUUCCCAACAUACUUUUACCAUGUUUUAAUUCCAUUUUGAUAUGUUGUACUCGUUAAUAAAAAAGGAAGAAAUGUA